AUUGUUUUUCGGCGCGUUUUUUCACAAUUUCCUAACGGACAAUCAAUAUAAAUAUGGCAAGUUACUUUAGCUCACAAAAUUUAAGUUUUAAUUAAUAGAAAAACAAACAGUCUCUUCUUUAAUAGAUAUCUUUCUGCUAGUUUGUAAAAACUAAAAGUCUACUUUAUGCCUAAAAAAUCUAUAAUGUGCCAAUUUUCACGAGGUAUCUUUUUUCGUAUAUAGUCAAAGAAACGAGGAUUGAGUGCUGAAGAGAAGAGGAUACGAAUGUUGGAAGUAUUUCACGAGAAAGUAUGAAAUUAAGUAAAUAAUACCAAGGUGAAGGUAAUAGCAUUCUAUGAAUAUUCCAGAAAAGCUUCUUUCAAUUAAAAGAGCUAGAAAAAAUCUGUUCAAAGGAGAAGGGAAUUUCGAGUAUGACCGUGAAAGAUGUUUUGCAAUCUUUAUGCGAUGAUGCUAAAGUCGAUACAGAAAAAAUCGGCACCAGUCUAUAUUAUUGGUCCUUUCCCAGCAAAGAAUUUAUUCAACUAAAAUCAUCCUCGGAGAAUCUGGAAAAGUCUGCAAAUGAGAAACAAAAGCGCAUUUCGUCAAAAGAUAAAGAAGUUUCUCAGCUGUCGGUUGGAAAGGAAGAUACGGAAGAGCGAGCCACUUACAUAGAGGAAAUAAAGAGGCUGGAAGAAAGGUUAGAAAAAUCUCGUCAACAACUUAAAGCUGUGUCUGCUUGUGACCCGGAGUUUCUAGAACAAUUAACAACUGAGAAGACUGUGUGUAAGGAAGCCGCGAAUCGAUGGACAGAGAAUUUGUUUACAAUAAAAUCCUACAUAACGAAUCGUUUUAACAUUGAAGAAGGAACUAUCAAUAAACAAUUUGGUAUACCUUCUGAUCUAGAUUACGUUGAAUAA